AUGGGUCGAAUCUCAUUUGAUCGUAGAUUACUAGCCAAAGAUCACGACGACAUUCAAUUUCACGGAUUCUGCGAUGCAAGUGGCGUCGGAUAUGGCGCUUGUUUGUACAUACGGUCGUGUGGGAAAGAUGGAGACCCGACUAUCAGACUGGCGUGCGCUAGAUCUAGAGUCGCACCGUUGAAGACGGUCACUAUACCGCGUUUAGAAUUGUGUGGCGCGUUGCUAUUGGCACGAUUGUACCGCGAGGCGAAAGAGGUAAUGGGUAUCAUACCCAACGACGUAGUAUUCUGGUGCGAUUCGACAAUAGUAUUGCAUUGGAUAAAAACGCCACAUCUACUCAAAACGUUUGUAGCGAAUCGGGUCGCAGAGAUAAGAGAGAUUACCAACCCGAACGCCUGGCGCCAUGUAGGUUCGAACGAUAACCCGGCCGACGCAAUUUCGAGAGGUCAACUACCUCGAAUUUUCGUGCAGAAUAAAAUAUGGUUCGAAGGACCUUCGUGGUUAAAGCGAGAAAAAGGCGAGUGGCCUAAUGAGAUCACGCAAUCGAUACAAGUGCUAGAAUUGAGGAAAAACAUUUGCUUGGUGACGGCGUCCGAUAACCUCGAGAUGUUUAAAAAAUAUUCAUCGUUUUCCAAACUACUUCGAAUCAUCGCGUAUUGCCUACGCUGGCGACCUAACAAUAAGUGGUCCGGAACAUUAUGUGCGACAGAAAUUAGCGAAACAGAAAUACGGUUAUUAAAAAUGCUACAGGCCACGCGAUUUGCCAACGAAAUUAAAACGGUUAAUGAAAAAAAGGAGCUACCCGGGAAAAAUAGAUUACUUAGCCUGAGUCCAUUCGCGGAUGAAAACAGUCUCUUACGGGUAGGAGGACGUCUUCAGAAAUCGCAAUUGACCUUUACGCAGAAGCACCCAAUCUUGCUCCCUAGCCAACAUUGGUUAACUGAUCGUAUCAUUCGAGAAACGCACGAGACUACCACGCGGACAUUCAAUCGACACUAUAUUUUCUGCGACAAAGAUUUUGGAUACUCGACGGAAAAAAUCAGGUGCGAAAAAUUGUACGAGCCUGUAUACGCUGUUUUCGUUUCAACGCGAAUACCGUCGAGUACAAAAUGGGGAAUCUCCCGACAGCUCGUGUCUGCGAGGCAGCGCCUUUCACUAAUACAGGCAUCGACUUCUGCGGGCCUUUCUAUAUCAAAGAGAGGAAACACCGCAACCGAGCAAAGGUAA